AUGCCUCGGUACGAAAGUGACAUUUGGAAACAUUAUAAACUGUUGAAUUUGACAGGCAAGAAAAAACAUACUGCAUGCCGUUAUUGUGAUAGAGAAUAUAAAAACAGUAAUCCUACGAGGUGCGCUACACAUCUCGUGCAAUGUGAUAACUGUCCCGAAGAUAUUAGGGAGACUCUCAAAGGUCAACUGCCGAAGUCAGUCAGGGCAAAGAUAUUUCACCCGAACUAUAAGCAGUUCGUGCAUCGCAAGGAAGUGCGACAGAAUAUAAAAACUCGUCAUAUGGUAUGGGAACACUUUAAAAGUAUUAAGAAGCCAGGUAUGAAAAAACACGCAAUUUGCAUUUAUUGCAACUUCGAAGUAUUGGAAAUUAGCAUUUUACGUUUACUUGAUCACAUAAAGAGAUGCGAAAAAAUCCCCGAGGAAAUAAAAAAAAAGUUUAUAGAACUCGAUUUAGAGCGAUAUUUGCCUAACAACUCGUAUGACCCUCGAAUCGUUAUAAAGAAAACGUUCGCGCGGCCAAGGGUUUGGGAACAUUAUAAUAUAUUAGAGCAGACAGGUUACAAAAGGCAUGCCUCGUGCAAGUACUGUGGAGUAGAGUACAGGUGUUCUAAUGCUACUAGAUUAGUUGUACACCUGUGCCGGUGUGUGAACUGCCCUGAGAAUGUCAAAGAGAAGUUCAUGUACGGUUAUCAUAUGAAUAUUGACCCGCCUAAAUCAGAAACCUCUAAAAAAUUGUGUAACCGCCCAGCAGUCAACCCCCACUUGAGUCGCCCGACCAGAGCAGCGACAGCUGGAAAGCCUGCGAGCGACAUCUGGCAAUAUUUUUCAAUAAUAAGUGAAGUAGGAUACAAAAAGCACGGCUCCUGUAUUUAUUGUGGCAAGGAAUAUAAGCAUUGUAAUGCCACGAGGCUGUUAAAACAUAUCGUGGUGGAAUGUGACGAAUGUCCAGCAGAUGUUAAGAAGAAUUACUUGGCCGAUGUAUCGGGUUCAGAAAGCAGUGAUGACGAGGAUCUCCAUGCACCGCCUCCGGAGCCAAAUAAGCUGGUCACUACCGUUAAAAUUGAAGUUCAUAGUGAACACGAAGAUGAAGUGAUGGAAACAUCGUGCGUUCAUAGUGGCAUAGAUCCUCUUCAGAAUAUAGAGACAACAUAUGAAAAAAGUCUCAGAAAACCUCAAAGGAUUGAAACUGAUGAUGAUAAAAUUGACAGGGUCCUGGCGAGAGCGAUUUUCGCGAGCGACCUUCCUCAUGAUAUAUUGGAAAGCAAGUACUGGAAGAAAGCUAUUCAUCUACUGCGACCUAAUUACCACAUACCAUCAGUUAAUGAUAUUAAUAGGCUUUUUGAUGAUGAUUGCUCAAAAUUGAAUAACGAAAUAGAUAUUGAGAUUGCGAAUGCUAGUACGUUAUCCAUUUCGUAUUUUAUUGAGGAAAUUAAUAUUAAAGAGUAUUUAUUAUGUUACGUCGUAAUGACACCGAAGCCAGUGUGUUACGAAAUAAAGUUGAUGAAAACAGCCAAGGGUGCAAAAGAAUUACAGAAUUUGGAGGAGACGACAAGCAUUAUUAACAAAAUAGGCUGUGAAAAAAUCGUUACUUUCAUUUAUGAAAAACCGUAUUACGAGAAAAAUUUACAAGUUUUGCCAAAUAUUUUUUUCACACAAUGUUUAUAUAACAUUUUAUAUUCUUGGUUCGAAAACCUCAUAAAAGAUAGCACACAAAUAAUUUCAAGUCAUGAUCUCAAAAUACAUAUUAAAUUCCUUAAGGAAUCAAUCCUACCAGUACUAGAUAGCCCCGAAGAUGACGCAUAUAUAAAACUAAUAAAUUCCCUUAAAAAACCAGAUGAAGCCAAUUUGAAUGACUAUUAUAAUUCUUUUAAAUUGUUUCUGGAUAACAAGGAUAGUAUUAAUACACUCGCGGUUAGGUUCAAGCACUUAGAUUACUAUUACUCAUUAUCUAUUAGCGAACCAUCUUGGAAUUACCAUCUAAGAGCCACAGAAACAUUGGAAGCAAUCAACGAAGCGUUAGAAGAAGCGCGCUCAGAAAAGACCAUCAUAUCAGACGUACCAGCGAUCUUUGCUCAAUUAAUGGUGAAUUUAGAAAAGGAUUCAGAGUAUCAUUAUAUAAAAUUAUCGCUUGAACAGUGCAAAGAGAAAUACGUGAAGCCGAUACAUUUAGCUGCAAAUCUUUUGGACCCACGGUACGUUGGUUGCAGUCUCUCGGAUAAAGAAAUUGGCGACGCGAUGUCCUUUCUUUCUGACUACGCAACGAAACAUUCCGAUAGCUCAGGUGUUGUAAUGAAGAAUGUGGCGGAGUUUAAGACUAGAACUGGUUUCUUUGGAAAGAUAGACGCUGUAUGGAACAGCGUACAUUUGGUAGAGCCUCGAGUGUGGUGGCAAAGCUUCUGUUCUCAUUUGAAAGUGACUCCAGUGGCCGUGAGACUAUUGAGUGCACGGUGUUCUGUGCCUGAACAUAAUAAAAUAAAUAUACCGCAAUCAGAAUGGGCGAAUGAUCAGGACAAAGAACGGAUAAUCAAACGUGAAAAAUCACGCUUGAAUUAUUAUUUUAGAAGUAAAGAGCAGACUGAUUAA